AUGAACGGUAAUACACACGGCGCAAUGCACAACGGAGUCAAUGGCAACUCCAAUGGCGCGCUGCGCAAUGGAACGAAUGGUGCUGUGACCAACGGCCACCAUGAAGUUGGACUGGAUCUCAGAGUACUUGGCCUGAACAGCGGAACAAGUAUGGACGGGAUCGAUGCAGCCUACUGCAGAUUCAGGCAGGAGCAUCCAUCGGCGCCGAUGCACUUCGAGCUCCUGGCGUACGAUGAGGUCCCUCUGGAGCCUAAGAUAAAAAAACGGGUCAUGAACAUGAUUCUGCACAACAAAACGACACCGGAAGAGCUGUCAGAAGUCAAUGUGCUCCUCGGCAAGACCUUUUCGCAAGCGACUACAACAUUUCUGCAGAAGAACAACAUACCGAAGGAGGAGGUCGAUGCAAUAGGUUCGCAUGGCCAGACUAUUUGGUUGCUCAGGCGCUUCAUCGCGUCCGAGACUGGUAUUACUACUGUUACAGACUUUCGAGUCUCAGAUCAAGCUGCGGGACGACAAGGGGCGCCAUUAAUAGGUUUCUUCGAUGCCCUGGUUCUCCACCACCCGACGAAGCUCAGAGCAUGUCAGAACAUCGGGGGCAUAGCGAACGUCUGUUUCAUACCUCCAGACAACAGUGAUGGCACACUUAACAAAGAGUACUUUGACUUCGACACCGGACCAGGAAACGUCUUCAUUGAUGCAGCGGUCCGCUACUUCACCGACGGUGCGCAGGAGUAUGACAGGAACGGAGAGAUGGGUGCUGCGGGUAUCGUCGAUCAGGGCCUCGUUGACGAAUUCCUUUCGCGUGCUUACUUCAAGUUCGAUCCGCCGAAAACGACAGGCCGCGAGGUCUUCCGGGAUACCUUAGCACACGACCUCAUCGCUCGUGGGCUCAAGAAAGGUCUGACACCUAACGAUAUCGUCGCAACAAUAACUCGGAUCACUGCGCAAGCAAUCGUGGAGCACUACGAGAGAUACAUGCCGACAAAGUAUGGACCGCUGGAAGAGAUCUUUAUGUGCGGAGGCGGUGCAAAGAACCCGAAUAUCACGAAGUACAUGCAGCAGUGUUUCCCACAGACGCGGAUUGUGAUGCUGGACGAAGCAGGGAUACCAGCUGAUGCUAAAGAGGCGAUCACAUUUGCAUGGCAGGGCAUGGAGGCUGUCGUUGGCCGCAGUAUCCCAAUUCCGAGUCGCGUCGAGAGUGACAAGCAGUUUGUGUUGGGCAAAGUCAGCGCUGGCGACAACUAUCGGAGGGUGCUUCGACAAGGGAUGCAAUUCGGUGCAGAGCAUGAUCAUUUGGAGCCAGUUACAGAGCUGGUGAACUACAUUGGAGGCAAGGUGUUUGACAACAAAUGGUGA